UUCUUCACUGUAUGCCAUUCCUAUUACCUUACACCCUGUUGGUGUGAUCACAUGGAUGCAUGGAACAGGCCACAGGACACUCUUCUUCUGGUCCCUGCAAUUGUCAGAAGAUAAUUUUUCAACCAACUCAAAUAAAUACUCAACGAUGGCAUAACAUUUUAUUAAUACGGUUGAUAACACAUACUACAGUCUUAAAUCAAUGAACCAUUUAACACUGUUUAACUUAUUUUUUUUUUUGCAUUAAAUAUUUGUGCAGAAAACAUCCUUGACCAAGACUUUAAAAGAAGGAUCUGACUCAUCUCCAAUCCAAAUCCAAAAAUAUCCAUUUUAGUUACCUUUGGUGUAUCACUGUCAAACUCAUCAUUGAUGAAUUGCUUCAGUUCUGGUGCCUCGUGCAGCCAUGAACAGUGAUCCCAUCUUGCUCCCACAGCAUGUCAUCCUCUGAGCCAUUGAUGGGGUUUGUGAGGAAACAUUUUCUGAAUCCCUAGAGUCUUGGUUCCCUUUAUUUCUCAUUAUUGUCAGUGCUUUGACCGUGCUAACAGCCUCUUUCCCCCGUUCGGCUUCAAUCUGUGCUCUACAUCGCGUCAGAUCGCGAUCAAAACCAAAGCUCAAACUAUGCAGAAAUGAGCAGAAUGGGCACUUUUUGAAAAAAGUGAGCAUUUCAAUUGCGUACACUCACCCUUUUUUUUUUAAAUGAUCGUACCAUCGUACUACGUAGUUUCAGCUCACGUUGUUUUGCUUCCAGUUUGGCUGCGUCAUUGGCCGGAGUGGUGAAACAUUUGUUUUAAAAGUGGCUGUGGCCCUUGUAGUUGACAUUUUUGUCUUUGUUUAGGUUAAAACAAACUCAGGGGCAAUCGUUUAUGAUGUUUGGUGCAGUAACAAUAAAUAUGCUACGCAAAUGAUUGUAAAAUGCAAAGCUUCCCCCCCCCCCCCCCCCCAGGAGAUCAGCGUUCAGAGUUCGGGUUGGUGGCGCACAUUACCAUAAUAUAUAGAAAUCUUUAACAGUAGACAUUGAAUAUCAUAUUGAAAUGUAUAUGUAUACCUUUUUUUUACCACUCUUUGUACCUGUAUACGACUAUAUAAUGUGCUUGUCUUUUUUAUUUUUCAUCCAUACCUAAAUAUAAUGCGCUCUAUUGACGUUUUGAAAAUAUUUUUGGUAAAAAUUCCACAUUAUUUUCAAGAAAUUACGGUACAUUAUUGUGCAUGUGAUCCUUUAAUUGUAAACCCUUAAUUGAAAACAAUAUUCUAGUACAUUUUUAGCAUAAAAAACAGACACAUCAGGCUUAUCCUGUUGCAGAGCAUCUAAAAAUACUUCAUUUUCAAAAUGCUCUGAGAGCAGCUCUUAAGGCAGAAGGCCUAUGUCUGGACAUGGGCAACGGUUCAAUAAAGACCCCACGUCCUGAGGAGAAAACCUGUCUGGCAUCCAACCACAAAGACCCCCCAGGCCUGCAAUCAGACAUCUUGAGGAUGCGACUAGAAUACUUGGAAUUGGAGCUGGCACAGAGGGACCACGUGUUAGAAGCUCAAGAACUUCACUUGCAGCAUCUGCAGAGGGAGCUAGAUGCAAAGGUCUCCCAGAUUGACAAACUCCAGGAUGCUAUAGGCUACAACAACAGCUUAGGAUGUGGACCACCAGAACUGUGCCACCGGUGCUUCAGUGUCAUCAAUCAAUGUCCCAGUCGUUUCCACAAGGUUGCUGUGGAGGUCCACCAAAGGCUAAAAGCAAAGGAAGGUGUCUCUGCUGAACCUACUUCAGAAAACUUCUGUGGGGGGCUUAGACCUAUUCACAUUUCCAUAGUGAAGCCCAUACGCAAAGAUUCAGAAAUUAAAAAGCUAAUGAAUGACGCCAUCACAAACAAUGACUUCCUGAAGAGAUUGGAGCCGCAGCACAUGAGGGAGAUGGUUGACUGUAUGUAUGAGAAGGUGUACACUAAAGGACAGCUCGUCAUCCAAGAAGGGGAAUCUGGAAACUACCUCUAUGUUUUGGCAGCUGGGUUGCUGGAAGUCAUUCAGAGUGGCAAGCUACUUAGUGAAAUGCAUCCUGGAACAGCAUUUGGAGAACUGGCAAUCCUGUAUAAUUGCAAAAGAACGGCCACCGUAAAAGCUGUGGUCAAGUCCCACAUAUGGGCCUUGGAUCGUCAGACUUUCCAGGCGAUCAUGAUGCGGACUGCACAAGCCCAACAUGAAGAGUAUUUCAGCUUUUUGCGCAGUGUGUCUCUGCUUCAAGAACUGCCAGAAGAGAAACUUGCCAAGAUCGUUGAUUGUCUUGAAGUAGACUAUUUUCAAAAGGGAGAGUACAUCAUUCGUGAAGGUGAAGAUGGAAACACCUUUUUUAUCAUAGCAAAGGGGGAAGUGAUUGUGACACAAAGCACGGAGGGUUUUGCUGAGCCUCAACAAAUCAAGACCCUUGGAGUUGGAGAUUACUUUGGAGAGAAAGCGCUCAUCAGUGAAGAGCUUCGCUCGGCCAACAUUGUCUGCAAUGAGAAUGACACGCACUGUCUGGUGGUGGACAGGGACAACUUCAACCAGAUGGUGGGGACCUACGAGGAACUUCAAGCUUACUUGAAAGAAUAUGUAGAAGAACUUUGCAGGAAUGAUGAGAGGAGGAAUGCCCUGCCACAUUCACCACUGAUGGAAUCUACAGAGGUUCAAGAGCUGAGAAGGUUAAAGGAAAGGAUUGUCCUACUACCACAUAAUCAGCCUUUCCAGCAGUUGGAGGUGGUAGCAACAUUGGGCGUGGGAGGAUUUGGACGAGUGGAGCUGGUGAAACUAAAGGAUGAGGACACUACAUUUGCUCUGAAAUGCAUUAAGAAGAAGCAUGUCGUGGACACCAGACAGCAGGAACACAUUUACUCAGAAAAGAGCAUCCUUCACCAAACCAACUCGGCAUUUAUCAUUAGGCUAUUCCGAACAUUUCGUGACACUAAAUAUGUCUACAUGCUAUUGGAGGUGUGUCUUGGAGGAGAGCUGUGGACUGUACUGCGCGACAUGAAUUAUUUUGAUGAACCGACUGCCAGAUUUUGCAUAGGUUGUGUCUUAGAGGCUUUUGAUUACCUUCACAAGAUGGGUAUCAUUUAUAGAGACCUCAAACCAGAAAACCUUCUCCUUGAUGCAAAAGGUUAUGUUAAAAUGGCUGACUUUGGGUUUGCAAAAAAGAUUGGUCUUGGUAAGAAGACCUGGACAUUCUGUGGGACCCCGGAGUAUGUGGCUCCAGAGGUCAUUAUGAACAAAGGCCAUGACUUUGGGGCUGACUGCUGGUCUUUAGGAAUCCUCAUAUUUGAACUUCUAACGGGCAAUCCCCCAUUUGGUGGAUCAGACCCAAUAAAGAUCUACACAAUGGUCCUUUAUGGCAUUGAGAAGGUGGACUUCCCAAAGAGAAUAGGCAGGCGUCCAGAUGACCUCAUCAGGAGACUCUGCAAGCAAAACCCAGUGGAGAGGGUGGGGAACAAAAAGAACGGGAUCAUCGACAUCAAGAAGCACAAAUGGUUCCAGGGGUUCAACUGGGAGGGAUUGAGGGGGCACAAGCUUCUGUCACCUUUGAAGAGAGAGCUGAAUGGCCCAAUGGAUCACAGUCACUUUGACAUCUUUCCUCCUGACAUGGAAAUUACCCCUGAUGAGUCUUCUGGAUGGGAUAAAGACUUCUGAUUUCUCGCGCAAAAAUUCCUUAAUCAUCUGCCAUGCACUCCUCCUAAUCCUGUGUGACGACAUCUGGAUCGGAUUUGAAGAUGGACAGAGAUGGAUGUAGUUAGUCACUUAAUUUUAUUUUCUUGACAUACAAUAUACUGUCUAAACUUUAGGGAUUGCCUCCAUCCAAAAAAAAAUAUUUUCCAGUUUUCUUGUAUAGAUAUGGUUGUCAAACUUGGGCUCUCAGAUUUGCAAAAAUAAUUUCAAUAAAGUGUCAUAUAAUUUUAAAACUUGCAUACCCAGAUAGGAGGACUGGUGGAACAACCUUCACAUGCUUUAUUUUUCCAUCGUGUGACUACUUUCUGUUUUGUUUUGCUUUUUUGGGGUUUUUUUUUUUGUUGUUGUUGUUUUUUGUUUUUUUAUAAAGAUGAGUUGAGUGCAGCUAGACAGAUAAUUGUUUGGCUUUUUUUUUCUCUGUCACUUCUGUACAAUGUUUGUUUGGACUUCAGUAAGGGGUGACAUCUAGUCAGACUUGUACCUUUUCCUGUCUCUGCAAAGACUUUUUUUCCUUGUAAUAAAAAUUCACAAAGACAAGAUGACUUUCUUUCUUAUUCUGUCAGAAAAAGAUACGAUAAAGACAAAAUAGUUUCCAUCCGAGGACCAUUAUUUACUGAAAACUGUAAUAUAUAAAUGUACAAAUGCCUCUGCAUAUUAUAGCAUACUGUAAUUAGUAUUACUUAGGGGAAUCAUAAAAAGGGAGAUUCUUAAUGAACAUCAAUCAUUCCCAGAUUUUUGCUAAUUACAAUUGAGCCUAAUCCUUGUCACUGGCACAGUACACAACAAGAUUGAUGGAUAUCUAGUUUUACAAAUAACUUUGAUGCUUUCUUCAAGUACAUUUUUUUUUUAAGUUUGAUAUUUUUUUAAAGGCUGUAGUAUCUCCUGAUCAAAAGUGACUAUAAUUUUCAAUAAUGGUAUAGAUUUGUGAAGUAGAAAAUGACUUGCUUUAGCAGGCCACAGAUAAUAUUGCGGUGGGCUGCAUUUGGCCCCCAGGACUUGCAUUUGUACUAAAGGAUUGCGUUUGCAAAAAUGGUUGCAAACUUUAUAGCUCACACAAACAGAUGCUGAAGUUGAUCCACAACUACUGGGGCACGCAUCAAUAUAUAUUUUUUUUAAAUACAAAACACAAGUUAUCAUGACAAAGUAUUUUACUUGUACAAUUAAUACUGUAUACGUGUAUAUGAGGUGCAGUUAUGGUUGUUUUCUACUUGGGGUCGCUGCCCUCAGACGACAGUUUAGAUGACAGAUGACAAUUUAGUUAAAGUUCUUCCACUUUGACAAAGGAAACCUCUUGUGUGUGUUUAUUUCUCAGUCAGUAUCAUAAUAUAGGUGUACUUUUUUAUCCUUGAGACAGAAUUGCAUAAUACUGUAUCUGUAUGUUUAAAAUUUUACAACCCCUGCUUUUUAGGUCACAAUUCUCAUUUGCCGUGUGUCACCGCAAACUCUUUUUGAGCGUGCGAGACCAUCAGCAGUAGAAUGAAGGAUUCAAACAGCUUUUUCCUGAGGAUUUCAAAUAUCUAUUUCUAUUACUUUUUCUAGAAAAAAAAUCGGGUUGUAACCAGCAUCUUGGAAUGAACUGUAUUCAACCUUGUACUGUAAAUUGCGUAAAAUAUUGAUGCUUCU